GUUCUCUUUGUGAAAACUCUCCUUAACAAAGCAUCAAAACCCCAAAAUCGAGCAUGAAUUCUAAUUAUUCAGUUAUUUUGAACUUUAACUCCUUUAAUAAUUACAUUACGAAUGUCUCCAAUCGUGAUCGCGUAAUGUCUGUUUUGCAGUAUACUACCAUGGCUCUCUAUCAACCAAUUGCCGCAUCCGGUUGUCCAGGCCUGUCCGCUAAUCUAAAUACUAUUCAUCAUCUUUGCAGUCAAUACCGUGCUAUUACUCGUUUUUCACAGUGGUUUGUGGUUCUUCCUCAGCUUACCCCGCAUGGUAUCUGUGACACGAUAAUAUCCAAUCCGACUCCUCAGAUUGGGAUACUUAAAGUUAUCUCAACUGCAUUUUUUACCGUUUUUCUUCUUGGUGAAGAAGUUUGUCUUUUUGCUAAAAACAAAAUGAUAAGUCCUGAGGUUGGGAAGAAGUUUAAUCGUAUCCGCUUUGUUUUUCUUUUCUGGUCUAAUGUGGCUCGUCUUAUCAUGAACUACCUGCUGCUAAAGCGUAGCAACGAGGGUGCCAUCAAAGAUUCUAAGUCGCGCAACGAUCACCAGCGUAAGGUACUUAAUGUGGCAGAUGGAAUUCUCAUGACCCUGUUUACUUAUGGGCUAUUAAAGCAUUCUGCGGCGACAGGGCUGCGGGGCUUGCCAAAGGCGAUUAAGUCAGGCGACCUAGUCAACAUUGUUACGAGUUUUGCCCCCCCUGUAAAACUUCACGACACGCCGCAUGGGAUCCUGGGUGUCGUUGCAGCAUUUCCUGGUUUUGUAUUGAGUUUUAUGCAUUAG